UGAGGGGCAAAUUUCCCUUUUACCCCUCUCAAUUUUCAAUCCCCCUUUCGUCUCUCAUUUCCCAAAUCAAAUUAGGGCUUCUCGUGGAAAAGCUCCCCUUCGAGCUGAGGGGAGGUCUCAAGAGCUGAGUGGGUGGAACUCGAAGAAAGCGACGAAAGGUUGGUUCGAAGGUUACAAUCCCUGGUGUGUUCAAUCAUCGUUGACGGCGUUCCAGAAGAGGUGCAGAAGUGUUUACCAUUUGGUCAGGGUUUCUUCCGUCGACUGUCGGUAUUUGUUUGUGUAGUUCUGGAAUCUUACAAAUACUGUGCCAACCGGAGGUAAUACGGCUUCCCUAGAAUAUUAUAUUUCAUUUAUUAAUUUGAAAUUUAAUUUUGGCAAAACAUCAAGAUAUACAUCUGUAGAUUUUAAUCACUGGAGAUAGAAAUGAUAUGCAAUUUUUUGUAUUUAUUGGUGAUAUUUGAAGCAAAACCUAUAUAGGUUCCCCAUAAACCCUCUACUGUAUCAUGGUUAUGUUUUGGGUUACCCUUUUGUGUGUUAAAUGUCACUUCUUUUGUUUGCCCCCCCUAUAAAAUAUCCCGUUGCUGAGUGUUCAAUUUCACUAGCCGUUGCUGAUAUGCUUGCCGUGUAAGGUUCCCAAAAUCUGUCACGACCGUCUAUCGUCAUAAACAGGAUGACUCUUGAUACAUCAAAUUAUGCCCAACUGUCCACGAUGCUUGAAGACCUAAUGGUCAUGUGUCGUGUAGAGGCCACUGUUCUCAUCCGUAGAUAUAGGUGUGCCCGUACGCAACGCAAGAAACGACAAAUCCUUGACCAUGCUCGACGGUUUAGUGUUAUUAGAAAAGUACCAGAACAAUUGAAAUGGAUGGAACACUUGAUUAAUCUCACCAACGCAGACUGCAUUGCGAAACUUAGAAUGGAUUGUCACACUUUUGGAAAGUUAUGUCGAAUUCUUAAAGAGCGUGGAGGUUUGACCGUGGGUAAGUGUUUGGGGAUUGAAGAGCACGUUGCCAUAUUUGUUGGGACGCUUGUGCAUCAUAAAAAAAAUAGGGCUGUUGGUUUUGAAUUCUGGAGGUCGGGUGGGACUGUCUCUUAUUAUGUGAACAAGGUCUUGGGUGCUGUACUCAGUCUUCACUCCAUUCUUCUCAGUAAGCCCACGCCUGUCCCUGAAGAUUGUACAGACCAUCGGUGGCGGUGGUUUAAGGGCUGCUUGGGAGCACUCGAUGGAACACACAUCAAUGUCCUUGUUAGUGGCGCUGAUAAGCCUAGGUAUCGAACACGAAAGGGGCAAAUCGCUACGAACACUUUGGCUGUGUGUGACAGACAUAUGCAGUUCGUGUAUCUACUACCGGGAUGGGAGGGGUCAGCCGGUGAUUCUCGUGUACUGAGAGAUGCAAAUCAGGGUGGUGGAUCUCAGUUUGGCAACAAAGUUCCACUCAAUUCACUCCACUUUUGGCGGUGGUGGAUCUCAGUUUGAGUCAUUACUUGGUUGAUAAGCUUUGCAACUUGCUACGGUGCGUCAGGUUAUCUCAGUUUGGGUUAGAUAUCUAUCAAUCACAAUUAAUUACAGACUGGUUUAAAUAAGUCCCUUGAGAAGACUAAACUCAAUCACCUCUUCACUUUUGCUCAUAAUUCAUGCCACUACUCAUACUAUGAAUAUCCCUUCCCAAGCCUCGUUCUUUUAAUAUGAUUGCUGGACGCCCGAAACCGACACCAUCAUAUUGGAUACGAUCAUCGCGUUGAAGAAGGAGACACGUUGGACUGAAACUGAGGAAGAUGUGACGAAACGCCUUGGAUUUCUGAAACGCAGGUACAACACCUUCAGAGAUGUUGUGGUCCAUUUCCGCGCGCCAUGGGACCAGACGAACUCGGUCAUUGUAGCCGCGGACGACCUAUGGGCUAGAAUACUGAAGCAUGAUUGGUUUGCCGGGGCAUACUAUCAUCGUGCCGAGCCGGAACAGACAAAGCUAGCAUGCGUUUUCGGUAUGUCCAACGUCAAGGUCGAGGGAGCUAAAGAGGUGAUUCUAAUCUUAGAUAGUACUGAGGUUGUACCAACCGAGGAGUUACAUGGCGGUGAUAGUGGAGAGUUGAAUGACAAGGUCAACUCCCCUGCAAUCUUCCCUCCACCGACCGAACGGCGCCAGCUUUUCCCCGAAGAUACACCUCCGACGGACAGAGAAUCAACAACGGAUAUUGGAAUCUACUUCAUAGAUCUUGCACCCGAUGGAAAGCUGCGCACUAGGUUCGAAAAAGGGCGUGAGCUUCCACCACCCCACCCAAACCAGUAGAUGCUCAGAUGGAAGGAAAUGUUGGUCCAUCGACCAUCUCACCGCACGCUAGUUCAUGUGGAUCCAAUUCACCAAUUGGCUGGUGGCCUAACUGUUAGAGUUUGUAUAUUAGAAAUCACGUUUCGAGUGAUUGAAUACUGUAAAACUCUUAUUUUAUUUUCCAAUGAAUAAAACAGAUGAUUUUUGUCA